AUGUUCUUCUUUAGGAAAAAGCAAACCCCCGCCGAGGAGGCGCAGGGGGAGGAGAAAAAGGAAAAAGGCAAGGAGAAGGACGAAGUGGUAACCCUAGAGAAGGCCCCAGUUAAUAACCCCUUUCAGAACAUCCAAAAGGAUAGCCAGGAGGUGAAGACAGAAAAGAAUUUGUUGCAAAACGAUGAUGAAAAUGAGGGGGAAAGAAAAAAGAAUAAAGAAAAGAAAAACAACUCAGAGCGGAAGCUGCACUCAGCGGCGAAGUCCCAUGAAGGAGAGAGAAAUGAGAAAGAAAUAUCCAUCCAAAUGGGAAAUGGCGAAACCAGUGAACAUACAAGCGGACAAAGAACGCACAACAAACUUGCGCGGGAAGAAGGGGCAUUCCCUAGUAGUAACAAUGUCCAGAGAGACACGUAUAGAUUAUUUCCGAGCGGAAUGAAAAAGAAAAAAAUCAACCUGUAUAGCUCAUCCAGCUCUUCUGACGCAUCUUCAAAUGAAGACCUAUUUAGUGGUAAAAUUCAAAGGGAAAAGGAGACCAUGGAAGGGCGGAAAUACAACCAAAUUAGGAAGAACAGGAGGGAAGAAUUUCAACGAGACAACGAAAUGAGAAAUGGAACUACUACUACUACCACGAGCACAGUAAGUGGUAAGAGCAAGAUUUUUGCCAACCUCAGCAAUGGGAGUGAAAAACUAGUCUUCUUAACCAAGAGAGACAGAGAAGAAAUGAAGCGAAAGGCGGAUAAAAGAGAAAAUGAAAGAAUAGCUGUGGAGGAACAAGACCAUUCGAGGGGGAAGUUCCAGGGGAAGGACUUCGAAGAUGCAAAGAGAAGGAAGAAGGAUAUCGAUACCAAGACUGACCUGAAGGAUGACAGACAUAGGGUAAGGAGGAACUCGGAGUCGAAUCAGGAGAUAAGAAGGCGGAAGCUGUCAAGUGAGGAUUCGACUGAGGAGCAAAGUGAUGGAAGAGUUGGAAACGCUCGAAACGGUGGAAGAGGUGUGGAAAGCCGUUUGAGCGAGACGAGCGCGUACACGAAGGUGGAGUCUUCCUUGGCGGAGCUGAACAUGCUUAACAUCAGCGCCAUUGAGCGGGAAAGCCAAAGGGAAAAGGAGCUGGAAAUAAUUAAACAGCAAUAUUUAGGAUUAAAUAAAAAGAAGAAGAAGAUGCAGAAGCCUUCGGAAAAGUUUAGGAACAUUUUCAAUUUUGAAUGGGAUCAAUCGGAGGACACCUCCAGAAAUGAUACGAAUCCUUUAUACCAGAACAGACUAGAACCACAGUUACUGUUUGGACGAGGGUAUAUUGCUGGUAUAGAUGUUCGAGAACAGAGGAAGAAAAAUAAUUUUUACGAUAAAUUAGUACAGAAUAGGAUUAACUUUAGUGUGAAGAAAGGAAGGAUGGAAGAUAAUUCCCAGAGGAAGGAUCUGAAUCAUGGGGGUGGCACAAAGGCGGGUAGCAACACCGAGAAUGAAGCAUCUAGCCAUGUAGGUAUGUCAGACCUGGCGAACACGCCGAAUCCAAUAGAGCAUCUGACGAACGCAAAUAAUCAAUCCUUGAGUAGAAGCAAAACGGGUGAAUUCAUCUACGAACCGAAAGUGAACAACAUAAUCGUAGAUGUUCACAACAAACACUGGAGUGAGAAAAAGAGAGAAGAAAUGACGGACAGAGAUUGGAGGAUUUUUAGAGAGGACAACGAAAUUUACAUCAAAGGAGGAAUUGUUCCUGCACCCAUCAGACGGUGGGAAGAAUCCAACCUUUCCAGUGAUUUAUUAAAAGCCAUUAAAAAGGCAAAGUAUGAAAAGCCCACCCCAAUCCAGAUGCAAGCUAUACCUAUAGCCCUUGAAAUGAGGGAUCUAAUUGGGAUAGCAGAAACGGGUUCAGGAAAAACAGCCGCUUUUGUUUUACCCAUGCUUUCUUACGUGAAACAACUCCCCCCAUUGACAUACGAAACGUCUCAAGAUGGACCCUACGCUCUUAUUAUCGCCCCAUCCAGAGAACUAGCCAUCCAAAUUUUCGACGAAACCAAUAAGUUUGCCUCCUACUGCUCAUGUAGAACCGUAGCAGUAGUGGGAGGAAGAAAUGCAGAGGAACAAGCAUUUGAGUUGAGAAAAGGAGUGGAAAUCAUUAUAGGUACCCCAGGAAGAAUACAGGAUUGCUUAGAAAAAGCAUACACCGUCUUGAAUCAGUGCAAUUAUGUAAUCCUGGAUGAAGCAGACAGAAUGAUGGACAUGGGAUUUGAAGAUUCGGUGCAUUUUAUUCUAGAUAAAAUACCAACAUCUAAUUUGAAGUCAGAAGAUGAGGCCUUAGCCUUACAGGAAGAAAUGAUGGCCAAGGCUGGGCAUCGUCUGUAUAGACUAACGCAAAUGUUUUCUGCGACUAUGCCACCAGCCGUGGAGAGAUUGUCUAGGAAGUACCUGAGAGCCCCAGCCUACAUAUCCAUUGGAGACCCAGGAGCUGGUAAAAGAUCCAUAGAACAAAAAUUAGAAUUUAUUACAGAAGGAAAGAAGAAGCAGAAAUUGCAGGAGGUGCUAGAAGUGUAUGAACCCCCCAUCAUCGUUUUUGUGAACCAAAAAAAAGUGGCAGAUAUUAUUGCUAAGUCCAUUAGUAAAAUGAAAUUUAGGGCAGUGGCUUUGCAUGGUGGUAAGGCACAAGAAUUGAGAGAACAAACCCUGAAUUCUUUUAAAAAUGGAGACUUCGAUAUUUUAGUAGCGACAGAUGUUGCUGGAAGAGGUAUCGAUGUGCAAGGAGUAAAACUUGUUAUCAACUUUGAUAUGCCUAAAGAUAUCGAGUCUUAUACACACAGGAUUGGACGUACUGGCAGAGCCGGCAUGAAGGGACUGGCAAUUUCUUUUGUCACUGAGCAAGAUUCUAACCUAUUUUACGACUUGAAACAGUUCCUCAUAUCCUCCAACAACAUCGUUCCUAUGGAGCUUGCCAAUAAUCCUGCAUCGAAGGUCAAGCCAGGAUCGGUCAUGCACACACCAAAGAAACCCCCUGUCAUGUUUAAGGGUUAA